GUAAAUAAAAUAUUAUAAAAGCACACUCAUGUCAGUUCAUAACCUGAUAAAAUCCUCUCUGUUCAGAUUAGUUUUAAACGAGUACAACAGGAAAAUGUGGAAGUCCACAAUUGGACAAAAGUUCUCAGCUGGUCUUUAAUUACUUCGGCGCAUCAUGAACAGACYCCUCAGAUGAGUGGUUUCCCCUUGUGCGCUGCUGAGCGCUGACACCACGCACGGAGUAGGCGUCAUUGUGCACGCGCCGAGCUCUGCUUAGGUUGUGUCAGGCUGGGGGGACUCCCCUCUCAUUGCGCUCAGAAGAACAUCUCGGACUGACAGAGCCGCGCACAGGCAGCCGGGUCACACGACCGGACCGGCGGGGUUUUAUUCAAUAUGCUCGCAUCACCGCCCUCUGCGUCCCAGUCCUCCCGCGCGCACAGUCUCCCUUUAAGGCGCUCAGUUGUCUCUUUUCCCGCGCUCCGCUCCGCGCAUCAAGGCGGCAGCCCGGCGGGUCAGUGUGGAGGAGUCGGUGACCGGCUGAGUGCCGAGCCCGUCCCCGCGCGCGUAGCAAUGGAUUGCUUUACUUGAGGAGGGAACAUGGAGAACCCAGCCAAGUAUCUCUCCUCGGUGCAGGGGAUCGAUUCCGUGCCGGCACCCCUCGGAGAGCUCAUGAUGUGGAACAGCACCGAGACGGAGGCGACGAGCGACGGGAGGACGGACAUGGUGGCGCGCACGGUGACGGGCUGCCUCCUGUCCCUGCUCAUCCUGUGGACCCUGYUGGGGAACAUCCUGGUGUGCUCCGCCGUGCUGCGCUUUCGGCACCUGCGGACCAAAGUCACCAACAUCUUCAUCGUCUCCCUGGCUCUGUCGGAUUUAUUCGUGGCCGUGCUGGUGAUGCCGUGGAAAGCCGUGGCAGAGGUAGCCGGGUACUGGCCGUUUGGCACUUUUUGCAACAUCUGGGUCGCUUUUGACAUCAUGUGCUCCACCGCCUCCAUCCUCAACCUGUGCAUCAUCAGCGUGGACAGAUACUGGGCCAUCUCGAGCCCCUUCCGCUACGAGAGGAAAAUGACCCAGCGGGUGGCCUUUGUUAUGAUCAGCAUCACUUGGACGUUGUCUGUGCUCAUCUCAUUCAUCCCGGUGCAGCUGAACUGGCACAAAGCCACGGCUGAAGACAUCCUGACGGCCGCGGCGCACAACUCUUCCUCCACAGGUCGCCAGCUGGAGGAGAACUGCGACUCCAGCCUGAGCAGGGAGUACGCCAUCUCCUCCUCGCUGAUAAGUUUCUACAUCCCCGUGGCAAUCAUGAUUGUAACCUACACCAGGAUAUACCGGAUCGCUCAGAUCCAAAUCCGGAGGAUCGCGUCGCUGGAGCGCGCGGCGGAGCACGCGCAAAGUUGCAGGACGAACCGAAUCGAGUGCCAGCACCACAACACCUUGAAGACGUCGAUCAAGCGGGAAACCAAAGUGUUCAAAACGCUGUCGGUGAUCAUGGGGGUGUUUGUGUGCUGCUGGUUGCCUUUCUUCGUGCUGAACUGCAUGGUGCCGUUCUGUGACAGGCCCGCGGCGGGCCGGGACGCGGGCCUGCCGUGCGUCAGCGAGACCACGUUCGACGUGUUCGUGUGGUUCGGCUGGGCCAACUCCUCCCUGAACCCCAUCAUCUACGCCUUCAACGCAGACUUCAGGAAGGCCUUCGCCAGCCUGCUGGGCUGCCGCUACUUCUGCUCCAGCACCCCGGUGGAGACGGUCAACAUCAGCAACGAGCUGGUCUCCUACAACCAGGACACCAUCAUCCACAAGGAGAUGGCGAACGCCUACGUCAACAUGAUCCCCAACGUGGUUGAAUGUAUGGAGCACGAGGAGACGUUUGACAGGAUCUCGCAGUUCUCGCACAACAACGACAACGGCACGGACUCGGUUUGUGACCUGGAGGACUGCGAGGCGGACAUCAGUCUGGACAGGAUGUCUCCUUUCACACCGAACGGAUUACACUGAGUCCCCCUGACCCCACCGCACCGACCCUCUCCACAGGAAGGCCAGCAGGGCUCCAGAGCUGCAGCUUGUUGUAGGAAGGCAUAAUGAAGGAGGGGGGGUCAGCUGCUGACAUUUCAUCAGGUUGCAUAUCUCUGCAGCACCAAUCCUCCUCCUCCUCCUCCUCCUCCUCCUCCUCCCUCCUCCACCACAGCUUUGCAUCAUAUAUAAAGUGUGAUGUUGUUGUCCUGUUCUGAACAAAAGUGAUGUUUAGUGAAGUCCGUGUUCCUUUUGUUCAAAGGUUCAGUGUUGCUGAAGCUGAUGUUUACUUAAAGGCUUUAUUUGAAGCAUCCUUGUCUAAGUUUCAUCCACUUGGAGGAAAAAAAUGUUUUAAAAAACUCAUUUGGAGGUAACAUGAUGCUGAUGAAUAAGUUUAUAUUUCUCCAGUGCCCACCCUUUCAUUGAGCAUAACGAUUGAGGGCCGCCUUACAGACAGUGCAACUAAAAGAAAAAGUCAAAUGCAGUAAUUUCAGCGCCUUAUAGCUAAAAAAGGAGGGUAAAUGAGACACGCAAGGAAUGUGUCCUAUGGAGUUUAAGUUACAUGAUGCCAAAAUGCAUUAUUGAAGUGUUUCGCCACACAGCCCAACCCCAGUGACUUCUCUUUGAGCACACCUCUGCUCCGUAUGGACUAGUCUGUUUCAAAAAAGCCACCGGCUUCUGAGAUGAAAAGCACAACAUUUACUGUGAUGAUAUUUAGAGUCCGCUCUAAUCCACAUAAAAAUGUGAAUAAACUAACAAAGACAUUCAUGUUUUAAUUGUUUGAACUAUUUUCUGUCAACCUUAUUUUUACGUUGAGGCCAAAGCUUGUUGUGGUUCAACUGUCUGGCUGUCUUAAGCGACCAAAAACUUAAAAAAGGUAGUUCAAACCUUUUGAUGGGAUUCUGCGGAAAGGAUGUGAGCAAUAAGUAUCUUUUUUUGUUGUAGAUAGUCAUUUGAGCAAUCCUAGUUUGGAGUAAUAUUGCUUAAUUCUGACCAGACUGAGGAGAAAAUAGUCUGAGCAGGGCUGAGAUCAGAGAGGAAUGUUGCUGCCUGAAAACAAUCGGCCUCUAAAAUUUCACACUCUUCAUACAAUGUUUAUCUUUCAGCUGCUCCCUUUUUAAKGGUCACCGCAGUGAAAGAACCCACUUGAAAGAUUUGGUAACUGUUUUUGCCAGAUGACCUUCCUGACACAACCUGGGCUCAAACCCUCAACCUCAGGAUUGCAAGGUGCUGACCACUGAGCUUCACAGCACUUCUUAUUAGCYCUAUUUUAUAAACCUUUACACCACAUUAACACUUAUUCUGGCAGAAAUAUCAUAUUCCUGCUACAACUAUUAUUUGUGCUUGUAAAUCACAGAUUAAUGUAUAAAUAACCAAAAUCUGAGAAGCCAACGAUGGUGUAAAGAUAAUAAACUGUAUUCGAAUGAACUGCAAUAGCAGCAACGCAUUUCAGUGUUGGUUUUAUUUAACUAACUCAUCAGCCUGGUCAGAAUUAAACUCCAUUUCUCCAAACUGAGGUCAUUCAAAAAGUUAUCUACAACAGGUAAGAUAUUAAUCAUUCUUAAACUUUCCAUAGAACCCAACUUUAAAGUGCCUGUGACAUGCAUAUCCUUGAAAUACAAAAUGUCAAAUAAAACAUUAUAUUUAAGAAACUUAAUACAUAUGAUUUUACCCUUUUUUCUCAUUGCAUAUUUUCAUUUGAACUUGGCUCAGCCAAAGUGAAACAAGAUGGGAAACAGGAAGUGACAUCAAAGGGGAAC